AUGGCCGAGUCCGAAGCCGUCCACUUGGUGACCGAGGCAGAGGCAAAGACCUCUCCCCCGAGCUCUGCAGGCUGGAUGAAGAAGGCGGCUUUGGUCGCCACCCUGGGCCUGGGUGUUGUGGGCUUCCUGGCCAUGCCCGGAGCCAAGCGGUGCCAGUCCCUGGACUUCGAUGCCUUCCAGGGCAAGUCCUCCCUGGGCCUGGAUGCGCAGAUGUCUCUGAAGGCCGAUGCCCUGAAGGGCGUCAAGAAGCGCACCUUGGCUGAGAAGAUCGUCAUGAAGGCCAUGAAGCGUACCGGCCGCAAGUAUUCCCAGCACUACGAGCAGCACGAAGUGCGGUCUCUUCCAGCCGAUCCGGCGGAUGCCGCACGAGAGAUGCUGACCAAGGACGAGAUCAUCGCCUACAAGAAGCAGCAGAAUGCAGACCGCAUGCGCAAGGCCACCAACGCCUACUGUGCGUUCAACAUUCUGGAGGCUUUUGUGUCGGUGGUUGGCAUGGGUGACGACAUCAACGCCAUCAUCAGGACCUGCCCAGCCCCCCGAGAUGGCGAGUCGGAGCUCGCGUGCCAAGUGAACGGUGCCAUUUUGGUGACCUGGGUGGCCAACGCCGCCGCGAAGCUCUCUUACGCCGCCUCGAACUGUGCCCUCAACCUCAAUGUGGAUGCCAUCUGCUCCGUGGGUGUGACAGGCCUCGUCUCCGUCAUGGGCGAGCUUGCGGCGACUGCUUCCCUGGCUGCGGCCACAUGCACAGGGGUACCUCCACAGCUGACCACCACCAAGAUCAGCGUUCUCGGAGACCAGACCGUGCGCGAUGGCCGACGACUGCUCAUCGGUGAGGGUCCGAUCGGUGUGGGCGUGCAGUGUGGAGUGGACGUCGGCAUGGUCGUGGCCAACCUCGCCAAUAUGGGAAUCUCCAUCAACUCAGCAGUGAACAGCGGCCAAUGCGGCCGCGUCCUCCUCGAUGGGCCGAUCAACAAGGUCUCCGGUCUUUACAGCGCCUUGUGCACAGUGGACAUCGGCGGUGCCAUCGCCUACAUGAGCCAGGUUGUGACCUUUAUCAACCUGAUCGUGGUUCACUGCCAGGACUUCCUGGACGUCAGCGCCCUCUGUGGUGCGAGCAUCUCCGGCAUCAUCACCGCGGCGGCUGCCAUGGCCCCCUAUGGCGCCGCUGUGCACGCGGCGUGCGCCAAGGGCGACAUCAUCAAGAAUCCCAAGAAGGCCGAGGCGAUCAGCAGCCUCUACACGGUGCCCACGCCCAGGCGCUUGGAGGAGCUUAAGGAGCUGAAUGCGGUCAAGGAUGCCAUGGCCAACCUCAAGGACCUCCGACAGCAGUUGGAGGCCAAGCUUGGCUUCAACGCCUCGGUCCCGACCAUGUACUCCGAAGCGAACAUGGAGCAGAUGAUCCAGCUUAUGGACGAUGGGGUGAGCGACGACACAGAGAAGUCCAUGCGUGGGUCUUCGGCCUUCACUGAGGAGGAGUGCGAGGCUGCAGUGCCCAGGACUGAAAGAUGUUCGGUCGAUGACUGGUCCUCAGCCUUCGGGCACGUAAUUAGACGGCGAGGCAUGUGGCAGGAUUCUCUUCGCCGAGAGCUGAAGCUUGCUUUUGCAUAUGCUCGUCCUCUACGCUUCGGGAGCUCGAGACUCACCAUCGGGCCAGAAGCGAGCAAGAUGUCACGUGACGUGCUUUGCAAGGCCUUGGUCAGGGGCACCAACAGCACUUUGCAGCCGGUCGGCUUGGGCAUCUACCACGCAGGCAUCGAGCUGUUCGGUGUGGAGUGGGCCUUCGGGUACGUGGGCGUGCAGGAGGGCCAGCAUCCGGUUACUGGCAUCUAUCCUGUUGAGCCGCGUAGCUGCCCAGCUGGCAUCUACCGGGACUCUGUGUGCCUGGGCCCUGUCACCAUGCAAGCAGAGGACGUGUGGCUUCUCCUCCGCAGUAUCGCGGCAGACUGGCUUGGAACCGCCUACCACCCACUGAAGCGCAAUUGCCUCCACUUCUGCACCGACCUUUCCGGACACUUGAAGCUCUCAGAUCUGCCCGGCUGGGUCGCACGCCUGGCCACCGCUGCGGACAUGGUUCUGUCCCCUGUGCUCGAUGCUCUGAACAUGAGACCUGGAGCAAAGCCUAUCGACCCACAGCCUUUGAGCCCUCAUUUCUCAGACCUGCAGAGCUUCUAUGGUUAG